AUGGACAUGGAUGGUCCCGACGACUGGGUCUGGGUGCGCCGGCCGGCGGAGGAGGAAUCGUGGCGUCCAUGGACGGCCGAGGAGGAGGAGGAGCGGCCGCUCAAGGUGACGUUCUCGUCGCCGGCCGAGUACUUCACGGACGCGGCGCCGAUCGGCAACGGCAGCCUCGGCGCCAUGGUUUGGGGCGGGGUCUCCUCCGACAAGCUCCAGCUUAACCAUGAUACACUAUGGACCGGCGUGCCAGGGAACUACACCGACCCAAAGGCACCGGGUGUUCUUGCGGAGGUGAGGGGAUUGGUCGACCAAGGAAGGUUCGCCGACGCCACGGCUUCAGCCAAGGGCCUUUUCGGUGGACAGUCCGAGGUAUACCAACCUCUUGGUGACUUAAAUAUCGAGUUCAGCACCUCGGAUGAGGUGUAUGAUUCUUACAAAAGAGAGCUUGAUCUACAUACGGCGACUGCUCUGGUCACAUACGUCGUCGGGGGAGUGCAGUACACAAGGGAGCACUUCUGCUCGAAUCCACAUCAAGUCAUCGUCACCAGGUUCUCAGCAAGCACACCAGGCCAUGUCUCCUGCACACUGUCCUUAAGCAGUCAGUUAAGCCACAGCGUCACUGUAACCAAUGAAAACGAGAUGAUCAUGGAAGGUAUAUGUCCAGGUCAGAGGCCUGGGAUGGGAGACAACGGUGGCGAUAAUGCAACUGGCAUUAGGUUUACAGCUUCUCUGGGUUUGCAGAUGGGUGGGAGCGCGGCAAAAGCUACAGUGCUGAAUGACCAAAAGUUGAGGCUUGACAGUGCAGAUUGGGUUGUUUUCGUAGUUGCCGCAGCAUCGUCGUUCGAUGGGCCACUUGUUAAUCCUGCAGACUCCAAAUUAGAUCCCACAUCUCUAGCUCUCAGUACGCUGAGUAACAGCAGGAACUUCACAUUUGAUCAACUUAAAGCAGCCCAUUUGGAUGAUUAUCAGAGCCUUUUUAACCGCGUGACCAUACAACUUUCACGAGGAUUGAACGACGCAUCCACUUCGGUGGCUCGAAAAGAUAGACCAGAAGAAGUUGCUGAAAACAUCAGGACAUCAGCAGAUAGGGUGAAGAGUUUUAGUACUGAUGAGGAUCCUUCUCUGGUUGAACUCUUAUUUCAGUAUGGUCGCUAUCUCCUCAUUUCCUGCUCCCGGCCUGGAACUCAGGUUUCUAAUCUGCAAGGAAUCUGGAGCCAAGAUAUUGCACCUGAGUGGGAUGCAGCUCCCCAUCUGAACAUAAAUCUACAGAUGAAUUACUGGCCAGCACUUACUUGCAACCUUAGUGAAUGCCAGGAACCAUUAUUUGAUUUCCUAGGAUCGCUUGCGGUUAACGGGAGUAAAACAGCAAAAGUCAAUUACCAAGCAGGUGGAUGGGUAACACAUCAUGUGUCGGAUAUAUGGGCAAAAUCAUCGGCGUUUCUUAAGAAUCCAAAGCAUGCUGUGUGGCCUAUGGGAGGGGCCUGGUUGUGCACACACCUGUGGGAGCAUUACCAGUUUUCACUGGACAAAGACUUUUUGGAAAACACGGCAUAUCCAUUGCUGGAAGGCUGUGCCAACUUUCUGGUUGACUGGUUGAUUGAAGGACCUGGAGGUUAUCUGGAAACCAAUCCUUCAACUUCUCCGGAGCAUGCUUUCGUAGCUCCUGAUGGUAAGCCAGCAAGCGUGAGUUACUCGACAACAAUGGACAUCACAAUCAUUCGGGAGGUUUUCCUUGCAGUCCUUGCAUCCGCUGAGCUUUUGGGAAAAGCUGAUAUUGAUUUGGUUGAGAGAAUCAAGAAAGCGCUCCCAAGACUUCCUCCCAUACAAUUUGCAAGAGAUCGUACCAUCAUGGAGUGGGCACUGGAUUUUAAGGACCCAGAAGUCCAACAUAGGCACGUGUCGCAUCUCUUUGGGCUUUACCCUGGACAUACUAUAGCCAUGGAUAAUGAUCCUGAUGUUUGUGAAGCUGUUGCCAAUAGCCUUUACAAAAGAGGUGAAGAUGGCCCCGGAUGGUCAACUACAUGGAAAAUGGCGUUGUGGGCGCGUCUUCUGAACAGUGAAAAUGCAUACAGAAUGGUUUUAAAGCUGAUCACCUUGGUUCCUCCCGGUGGUAAGGUUGAGUUUGAAGGAGGACUCUAUACCAAUUUGUGGACAGCACACCCACCAUUCCAAAUCGACGCAAACUUCGGAUUUGCAGCUGCCAUUGCCGAAAUGUUGAUCCAGAGCACACAGAGUGACCUAUACUUGCUCCCCGCUCUACCGAGAGAUAAGUGGCCCAUGGGCAGCGUCAAAGGGCUGAAGGCCCGUGGCGAUGUAACUGUUGACAUCCGCUGGAAGGAAGGGGAGCUUCAUGAAGCGGUGCUAUGGUCGUCAAAUGAUCGAAAUACAGUCGCAAGGCUGCAUUAUGGCAAAGAGGUUGCUGCCGUGACGGUUCGUCGUGGUAUUGUUUACAGGUUCGGUAGUGGAUUGCGAUGUCUGGAGACAUGGCCACUCUGCAAAUGA